AUGGGAGGAGAUCCUGGCUGGAAAGGAUUGCCUCCCAUGGGAGCAGACGGAGGCAGCAAGGAGGGAGCAACUAUACAAGGGGUCACAGCUAGCACGGAAGCCCGAAAGGCAGCUCCCAAAAUGUUUAGGGGGGGCACACAGGGAGAUUGGCAGACUCCUCGCAUUGGCCGGGCUAGAGUGGGCUUCCAGCCAGGACGGAUGGUGCCGGCUCAGUGCGCCUGGCCUCCAGUGUGUGUCUUCGGCCUAGGAUAUCCUGCGCCGGCUCUGCGCACUGUGUCUCCGGUGCGUCUGCACAGCCCAGUGCGUCCUGUGCUAGUGCCCCGCAUUUGCCAGGCGAAAUCCUGUGAGACCUGUUCCGGCUCCACGUACGAAGCCUCCAGUGAUGAUCCAUGGACCGAAGCCUCCCGUGAUGAUCCAUGGCCCAAAGCCUGCGGUGAUGAUCCAUGGCCCGAAGCCCCCAGUGAUGAUCCGGAGCCUGCAGUGAUGAUCCAUGGCAUGGAGCCCCCAGUGAUGAUCCAUGGCACGAAGCCUCCAGUGAUAAUCCAUGGCACGAAGCCUAAAGUGAGGAUCCAUGGCACGGAGCCUCCAGCGACGGUUCCCGGUCCGGAGCCUUCAGCGACAGUCUCCGGUCUGGAACCUCCAGCGACGGUCCCCAGUCCGGAGGCUGCAGCGACGGUCCCCAGUCCGGAGCCUGCAGCGGCGGUCCACAGUCCCCAGCCCCCAGCGUUGGUCUGCAGUCCAGAGCCUCCAGCGAUGAUCUACGGUCUGGAGGUCCCGGCGAUGAUCCCUGCACCGGAGGCGCAACCAAAGUGGGGGGGAGCCUAA